UUCUCGUAUCCUUUUAGCUCUGGAAAUUCUCCAUGGAUUCCGAUUCAGACUCUGAUGGUUCUCACGUCUCCGCCACUCCUCCGAGACAAUCAAAUCUUCUUCCUCCUCCUCCAACGCCACUGCCAUUACCCAUAACGUCAUCUCCUCACCCCGCUCCAAAACCCCUUAACCCGCCCCCAAUUCCUUCUGCUCUGCCCUCAUCCCUGCCUUUCCAGAUCCGCCGCCCCUCUGAUCAGUCCCGUCUCGUCCCUACCGGCGAUUCCCUCCAAACCCUUCCCCCCGGCUUUUUCUCCAAGGUCCCUUCCUUCUCCAAACUUCGCAAACACUCUCUCACUUUCGAAAACGACGCCCCGCUACCGCUGCCCCGACCCGAAAUCGUUAUCGACCGCUCGGAACCCCGUCCGGUUCGCCCAAACCCGCUCAAAGUCCGCCGGAGGCAGCACCCUAAUUUGAUCGGCAGCAGCUUGGCUGACCCGCCUGUCAAAAUUCGAAACUGCUCCGGCGCAAGUGAAGGUAAUUUCGUGAAGCUUCAACUGAAUGGGAAAAGACGGGGCAAGUAUCCUAGCAAGUGCAAAGGCAGAACCAAAAGCCAAAACAAUUAUGCCUACAGAAAAACGAGGAGCAAGAGAAAAGCAAAAGCCGAGAGCGGAAUUGAGACGGAGAGCAUUUGUGGCGAAGAUGGGUUUGCUGGAGAAAUCCCGCAACCGAAGAAGAAGAGGGAAGAGCGAAGCGUUCGUCUGUUGCAGAAGGCAGUCUCGGCGGCGCGAGACGAGCCGUCCGAUGAUAAUCUGGUGAGGUUGCUGAACGUAGUGUACGGUCAUCAUUCGUUUCGCGGCGGGCAGAUGGAGGCGAUCAAGAUGGUUCUCUCGGGGAGAUCGACGGUGCUGGUUUUACCCACGGGUGCGGGGAAGUCGCUGUGCUAUCAGAUUCCAGCCAUGAUUUUGCCGGGGAUCACGCUGGUUGUCAGCCCUCUGUUGGCGUUAAUGAUCGACCAGUUGAAGCAGCUCCCUGCUGUGAUUCCUGGCGGCCUUUUGAGCAGCAGCCAGAAACCCGAAGAGGUUGCUGAGACACUGAGGCAGGUUCAUGAGGGGACCAUAAAGGUGCUUUUUGUAUCACCAGAAAGGUUCUUGAAUAAGGACUUUUUGUCACUUUUUUCUGUUACUUCCCUUCUAUCUCUCGUUGUAGUGGACGAGGCUCAUUGUAUAUCGGAAUGGUCCCAUAACUUCCGACCUUCAUACACGAGGAUAAGGGCAUCUUUGAUUCGUGCCAAGCUUAAUGCUGAAUGCAUUCUUGCAAUGACUGCUACUGCAACAGCUGCAACAUUGCAGGCUGUAAUGUCUGCUCUAGAGAUUCCUUCAAGCAAUCUCAUUCAGGAAACCCAACUGAGGAACAACUUACAGUUGUCAGUCUCUUUAAGUGGAAACAGAAUGAAAGAUCUGCUGAUGUUGAUAAAGUCUUGUCCCUUUAAUGAAGUUCAAAGCAUCAUCAUAUAUUGCAAAUUUCAGUAUGAAACUGACAUGAUAAGCAGAUACUUGUGUGAUAGCAAUAUCUCUGCAAAGAGUUACCACAGUGGUCUUACCACUAAGGAUCGGAACCAUAUACAGGACUUGUUUUGUUCUAACAAGAUUAGAGUGGUUGUUGCAACUGUGGCAUUUGGCAUGGAGAUUGGCCGUUCAGGACGGGAUGGGAGGUUGUCCCACUGCCAUCUGUUGUUUGAUGAUAUCACGUAUUUCAAACUGAGAAGCCUCAUGUACAGUGAUGGGGUAGAUGAAUACACAGUAAACAAGUUUCUCUUUCAAGUUUUCUCCAGUGACAUGAAUGUCCAUGGGAAAAUUUGCUCACUAGUUAAAGAAGCUGCAUCUCGCAAAUUUGACAUGAAAGAAGAGGUUAUACUCACACUUUUAACACACUUGGAGUUGGGGGAAGUGCAAUACUUGUGUCUCCUUCCGCUUAAUGUAACCUGCACUUUGAGUUUCCACAAGACUUCUCCAGGUUUGCUUGCUGAUAAGGAUAUGUUGGCUGCAGCAAUUUUAAAGAAAUCUGAGAUCAGGCGAGGGCAAUAUGUUUUUGAUAUACCCAGUGUGGCAAAUAGCAUUGGAGUUACAGCUACAGAGUUAUCAAAUCAGUUGCAAAAUCUUAAGUUGAAGGGAGAGAUAACCUAUGAAGUGAAGGAUCCGGCCUUUUGUUAUAUGAUUAAGGAAGUCCCGGAAGAUCUUUGCUCUCUUUCUUUGCAUCUUACUAAAUGGUUAUCAGAGAUUGAAGCUUGCAAGGUAAGGAAAUUGGAUGCAAUGUUUGAUGCUGCAGUCUCUGCGGUAACUGUCUGUGACAAAAUAGAAGGCUGCUUUGGUGCUCAGCACACACCAUGCUUGCAGAGGAAGAUAUUAAGUUACUUUAACGGAGACGAUAACUAUAAUGCCUCUAAUAAGAUUGGUCAGAGCAGGUAAUACAAAUUUUACUUCCCUAGAUAGCAGA